AAGUUAUUUUCUUGAGAAGCUGCCAACAGUUCUGUUCUCCCUACAAAACUCGCCGUUGGGGUUUUCUCUUCUCUUCCUCUGUCAUUCCUUUGCCUUGCCCGGUUGCAUAGCGGUUUGCGAUAGCAUUUGCGCAGCUGCUGGCUUUUACCAUGGCAACCUCAACACUCCUGGCUCGUUCGGGGUCGAGGCUUCUCCUGCAGACUUCUCCCAACGCCCGAAUCAGCCGCAGUGCUUUACAAAGACUGCAGAACACCACAGGAAUCCAGCCGUUUCCUUGUCUCUCAGUCCUCGGCCGCUACUAUGCCUCAAAAUCCUUCCCUCCCCAUACAGUGAUCACUAUGCCUGCUCUCUCACCUACGAUGACGGCAGGCAACAUCGGUGCCUGGCAGAAGAAUGUUGGCGACACUUUGGCCCCCGGUGAUGUCUUGGUCGAGAUCGAAACAGACAAAGCUCAGAUGGACUUUGAAUUCCAAGAGGAAGGUGUCCUGGCGAAAAUUCUGAAGGAGUCUGGAGAGAAGGAUGUUGCGGUCGGAAAUCCAAUUGCUGUUAUGGUCGAAGAAGGCGAAGACGUCUCCGCCUUCGACUCCUUUACCCUUGACGAUGCCGGCGGCGAGAAGGCUCCUCCGAAGGAGCAGCCAAAGGAGGAGGCCUCCGAAGCCACAGAAUCGCCAGACUCCGCCUCAGCGACCGCCCCAGCCGGUGGAGCAAAAGAAUCCCAAGAGCCUGCACCUGAAGCUGUGGAAGCUGAUACAAGUGGCGAGCGUCUUCAGAGCGUCCUGGACAGAGAGCCAACUGUGAGCCCAGCUGUCAGAAAGCUGGCUCUUGAAAAGGGCGUCGCCAUCAAAUCCGUCAAGGGCACUGGUCCUGCAGGCCGAGUCACUGUUGCAGAUAUCGAGAAGUUCAAACCAUCGGCAGGAGCAGGAGCACCCGCCGCUGGAGCAGCUGCAGGCCCUACCUACGAGGAUAUUCCAGCCAGCUCAAUGCGCAAGACUAUUGCUGCCAGGCUUAAGGACUCCAUGAACCAAAACCCUCACUAUUUCGUCUCAACCACACUCUCGGUGUCGAAAUUGCUUAAGCUAAGGGAAGCGCUCAAUGCUGCCUCGGAUGGCAAAUACAAGCUGUCCGUCAACGACUUCCUGAUCAAGGCCUGUGCGGUUGCUUGCAAGAAAGUUCCCGCUGUGAACUCAAGUUGGCGAGAAAUCGAUGGACAAACAGUGAUCCGCCAACACAACGUUGUCGAUGUCAGUGUGGCUGUCGCUACUCCUGUUGGACUCAUGACUCCGAUCGUCAAGAAUGCCGACAGCAUUGGUCUCCAAUCAAUUUCAGCACAAGUCAAGGAUCUCGGAAAGCGAGCACGAGACGGUAAACUCAAGCCUGAAGAAUAUCAAGGCGGUACAUUUACAAUCAGCAACAUGGGCAUGAAUCCUGCCAUCGAAAGAUUCACUGCCGUCAUCAACCCUCCACAGGCUGGUAUCCUUGCAGUCGGCACCACCCGUAAAGUGCCAGUUCCUUUCGAAACCGAAGAGGGCACGAUCACCGAAUGGGAUGACCAGAUCAUCGUCACCGCCAGCUUCGACCACAAGGUCGUCGAUGGCGCUGUUGGUGGCGAAUGGAUCCGGGAAUUGAAGAAGGCAGUAGAGAAUCCUUUGGAGAUGAUGUUGUAGUGCUCUUCAGUUGGGUUUGGCUGGAUCUUAGCGCGGCGGAUGCGGACAGGGGCAUGUAUAAAAGAUAUUUGGUUUCUUUGAGGCAAAAAGUCACACUCAUGAAUUGCCUUGCCUUCCAACGCUAGUAAUCAGUGUGUCUGCACAGCGAGAACAUUUUGGGUUUUACGAUCUGGUCUUUCCACUCCCGGUUUAAAAUGGUGAUGCAGAAGUCAACCUCUUUUCUACCGGUUGGUGUGAGCACCGAGUGGAACGCUUCUCUUUCGCCCCCCUUCACAUCGAUGCUCUCGUAUGGCUACCGAAACGGGAACAUGAUGUGCGGCCUCGUGAGAUUAACUAUUUACCAUCGAGAGAGCUGUACCAGUCCUGUGGGUUGGUAGGCCUUGUUCAAGGACUGGUGAUGCUUCUAUGUAAGAGAAAGCACGCCUGGUGACUUUUGACGUUAUCCACUCUGCAUCUGCGUCCGUUGCUGAAGGGCUCCUGGGGUAAUCAAGGUACGUCGAUCCUCCAUAGG